UCUUUCCGGCGGCAGGAUCGAAGCGACGCGUACCGGAACGGACCCUCUAGUUGGCUUCUAUAGCUCUCUAUGGUAAAUUGGACUGAUUGGCUGGGCGGGCUUAUUCGCUUGCCAAUUGAUUCCUGCUCUUGGCUAUUAUGGCGCCUCCGAAAGAAAAUGUCAGCCUACUUUUUAAGUUGUACUGCUUGACGGUGAUGACCUUAGUGGCUGCAACAUAUACAGUAGCGUUGCGAUAUACAAGAACAACCGGAGCGGUUCUGUACUUUUCAUCCACAGCUGUUUGCAUUACAGAAGUUAUCAAAUUAUUCCUAAGUUUGGGCAUUUUAGCAAAGGAGACUGGAAGCCUGGAUAGAUUGUCAAUGUCUUUGAAAGAAAAUGUUUUAGGCAGUCCUAAAGAAUUGUUGAAAUUAAGUGUUCCUUCGGUUGUGUAUGCUGUUCAGAAUAAUAUGGCCUUCCUGGCUCUCAGCAACUUGGAUGCAGCAGUUUAUCAGGUGACGUACCAACUGAAAAUCCCCUGCACAGCUUUAUGUACUGUCCUGAUGCUGAACCGUAGCCUUAGUCGAUUGCAGUGGUUCUCGGUGUUUAUGCUGUGUGGUGGAGUCACGCUUGUGCAGUGGAAACCAGCUCAGGCCACUAAAGUUCAGGUGGAACAGAAUCCACUGCUAGGAUUUGGAGCAAUAGCAAUUGCUGUUCUAUGUUCAGGAUUUGCAGGAGUGUAUUUUGAGAAAGUACUAAAAAGCUCUGAUACAUCUUUAUGGGUGAGGAACAUCCAGAUGUAUCUCUCUGGAAUUGCAGUGACAUUGCUUGGGGUCUACACAGCUGAAGGAGUUCAAGUACUGGAGAAAGGAUUUUUUUAUGGCUAUACGCCAUAUGUCUGGUUUGUCAUCUUUCUUUCCAGUGUUGGGGGCCUCUAUACUUCGGUGGUUGUUAAAUAUACAGACAACAUUCUAAAAGGUUUUUCUGCAGCAGCAGCCAUCGUCCUCUCUACAGUUGCAUCCGUCGUUCUCUUCGGUUUACAAAUCACUAUAACUUUCUCUCUGGGAGCACUGCUUGUCUGUGUUUCAAUAUAUCUGUAUGGAUUGCCUCGGCAAGAUACAACAAAAAUCCAGCCAGCAGAAACCAAAACGUCAAAAGGGAAUCUUACUAGUGUGUGAUGUCUGUCUUCAUGAAGAAUAGAAAAGGCAAUACAAAAGUAAAAGAGACAGUUUGUAUGCCUGUCCCCACCCCCACUUUUCUUUUUGAAAGAAAGCCUUCAAUUCUUCAUGGAAAGCUUCUGAUGGGACUGAAAAUGAAGUCAGUUAUUCAUUGGAUGAAAAUCUACACUGAAGGGAAGAUUCUUCGCUAAUCUGUAGAAUCUCACUUUUCCUUAUAAACUUUGGUCUUUUCCUAUUGAAGAUGCCUUGUGUGGACAAGAAAGAAUAGAAGGCACAGUUAUACAUAAAUAGGGAGAUGGCCGUGGAAUUUACUCCUAUGUUGUAACAUUUUAUGUAGGCUUUGUUGCCAGAAAUGCUUGUGGUUGCAGGGAAAUUCAAAUUUAAAUGUGACCAUAUUGGAAGGAGAGUGUCUUUUUCUCCAUGGAUACCCAACAUGAAGAUCCAGCCAAGUGCUACACUGCUUUAAUGAUAAAAAUCAUUGUUGCAAUGGGAAAAACACAGUGAUGGUUGUGAGAUAGAAGAAUGCUGUUACUGGAGCUUUAAAACUGAAAACGGUAAUUUAUUUUUUAAUAUCCUGAAGCCAGGAUCACUACUUUUUGAAAAAAACACAAGGAAGAGAAAAAAAAAUACUGUGAUUUCUUUGAAGAAUUUUCUAUUGUAAAAGGGAAGGGGAUAGAGCACUGUAUAUACAUUUAUUCCUGGAUUGAAUUAAUUGGUAAAUACACACAUACAUUCUUGUGCAGUAUGGUUAGUGUGUGCACUGUUACGAUUUGUUUUUUUGUUUUUUUAAAAUAUUUGAUUAAAUAUGUUUUAGAGAAAGGUGAACAAGCCCUAUGGAUUAAAUAUCAUUUAGGUUUAUA